AAAAAAAAAGUUGGAACUAGUCUUCUCUUAAGCAGUUAUAAGUAGGAAAGAGAGAGAAUGAAAUAUGACAUCUCUUCUUUUCUUUUGUCACACCAAACAUCAAAGGGUAGAUACAUGUUCUUCCACUUCAAUUCUUUUAUUUAUUCACUCUAAUUUUUGUGCCUCUUUUUUUGGCAUAAUUUUCAACCCAACAACAGAAUUUUGAGGGUCGGUCCAAUAUCAUAGCUUAUAAUAAUACAAGUAUGCUAUAUUUUCAUUACUUUAACUAGUAGAUUUUCAAGUCGUUUUGUUUUGAGAGUUUAAGUGACGCUAUUCAUACUGGUGUUGACGGGUUUCAUCUAUCACUAGUCUUAUGUGUUGCUAUUCGACCCCGACUUACUCCUAUUACUUUAUCAACUAAGGAAAUUAAUUGUUGUGAUUAAUUGGUCCAUAAUCUUUAUGGCUAAGAAGAAUUGGUGGUUUAAUCUUCUCAAGAAUCUAAUAAGUUGUGAAUCCAAACCAAAAGCAAAAAAGGGUAAACAAAAGCGUUGGGGUUGGAUUUUUGAUAGGUUAAGGUUCAAACAACUCCCUGCAACAUCAACAACAUUACAAGAAAAGUCACUAAGUGAAGCCAGAGAUGAGCAGAGGAAGAUUGCAAUGAAUGUUGCUCGGGCCACUGCCGCGGCUGCUGAGGCUGCAGUAGCUGCAGCUCAAGCAGCUGCGGAGGUAGUCAGGCUCACGAGUGUGUCCCGACAUUCGUCGUUACGACAACAUGAAAGAGAGGUUCAGUACUUGGCUGCUAUCAAGAUUCAGAGUUCUUUCAGGGGAUACCUUGCAAGGAAGGCACUGAGAGCACUAAAAGGAGUGGUAAGAAUACAAGCAAUAGCACGAGGACGAGCUGUGAGACGUCGAGUGAGCACAAAACUUCAGCAUUUGAAGUGUGUGAGUCCCACAAAGGUAGUCCAUACAAUAAGAGUUCCUAGUGUAAUUGAUCAAUCUCCUAGCACAAAGAACAUAGUAGGAGAAAAAUCCAAGCUUCAAUGCGAGAACCAGAGGCAAUGGACUGACAGCUUGUUUUCGAAGGAGGAGAUCGAAUCCAUAUACUUGCACAAGCAAGAAGCCGUCUUUAGAAGAGAGCGAAUGAAGCAAUAUUCAUUCUCUCAUCGGGAGAGGAAAUGUUCUCAAAUACUUGAAGAAACACUGCCACUCCGAAACAAUGAAGGAAAAACAUGUCUAAGAAAACAAUGGACCGAGGAAGAAAUCCGUGACAAGGGAUAUUCAAAAGGCGCAAUCUUAGAGUUACAUCCGAAUACAAGGAGCUGGGACUUAGGAACAAACUUGAGGAUCAAAUCAAGGGCUACAAAUUUACCAAAACAGGAUUUUACAGAGGAAGUGAGCUCCCCAUAUUCGCAUCCUAGAAGAUCAUUUUCUCACACGAGGCUAAAACAAGGCAUCGACGACUUCCAGCUAUCCAACUCUACUAUGUUUCCUACUUACAUGGCUGUGACAGAAUCAGCCAAGGCAAAGAUGAGAUCAUUGAGUACACCGCGACAAAGGAUAGGGUACCUCGAUACAUGUUUCGAGCAAUAUGGAUCGCCGUGUAAGAGUAGGCUACAUUCUUCUUGGUCUUAUUACAAUGGUGAGUCCAGUGCAAUUGGAAGGACAAAUUGUUCCUAGUCAAUUAUCUCAAAACAUGGGAGUUCUUCACCAAUAAGUUUGGAAAUUGAUGAAUUUCUCCUUUUUAUUUAUUUAUUGGGCUCAUUUUGUCAUAAAAAUUUUGGUUUGUGAUUGUUUUUUCCUGGGAUUUGAUGAAACAAAAGAGUGAAAAUUUUAUAUUGACCAACACAUAGAUAGUUAAUACUGUAAAAUUGAGUGUCAAAGAGUUGUGGACUAGGUUGAUUUGAGGGUGGUAUAGAAUAUCUUGGUGUUAAUACAUUAUUUUAUUUUUUGUAACUUUUUUUUUUCGAUUUUGAUUUAUUGAUUGGGGGUGGCUUCUGCAAUGGUGUACAUCUUCUUCUUCUUUGAUGAAAUAAUCCAAUAAUACCAAUGUACAUUUUGUUUGGCA